GGCGUUUCUCUGGCUUUCGAUUGGCAGAGAGGGUCAGUUCAGCGAGCAAUCAGGUGCGGUUCCAGCGAGUUUGAUUGAGCUGCAAAAUCGUCCCAAGUCUGUGCAGGAGUUCACUGUGCGAGGUUGAACUGAAGGAGGGGGUGGUCUUCCAGCGGGAGGGGCCGGUGUCACUUCAGCUUGGACUCUGGGGUUUGAUGAAGUACCAGACCCAGCCAGGAAAUGUGAGAGUCUCUACUGCUGUUCUUUCUAACACAACUAUGAAACGGUUGCCAGCUCCUAGGCUCAGCCCAUCACCGUGAGACUUCUCAAUGGAUGGCUGCGUAGGUUUUCCAGCAUUGUAGCGACUGGAGACUGCGUGAUUGUGCCAAAGUGGGGGGGGGGAGGGGAGGCGGCAUGGGGACCACGAACGGCGACGCUGUUCCUGUGGAGCAGGACCCUUCCUUGAACCCCCUGUGUUUCGAGUGCGGGCAGCAGCACUGGACCCGAGAGAACCACCUCUAUAACUACCAGCACGAAGUGGACGAUGACCUGGUGUGCCAUAUCUGCCUUCAGCCUCUGUUCCUGCCCCUGGACACCCCCUGUGGGCACACAUUCUGCUCCAAGUGCCUCCGCAACUUCCUGCAGGAGAAGGACUUCUGUCCCCUGGACCGCAAGAAGCUCCACUUUAAACUCUGCAAGAAAUCCAGCAUCCUGGUUCACAAACUCCUGGAUAAGCUGGUGAUAUCCUGCCCCUUCACCUCUGCCUGCCAGGACGUGAUGCAACGAUGCGACUUGGAAGCGCAUCUUAAACACAGGUGCCCCGGCGCCUCGUGCCACAGAGCCGGGCUGGAGAGGCGCAGGUCAGGGAGGCAGCAGCAGCAGGCAGAGCCGGGGGAGGACAGCAGGACCAUGGCAAGUGACCCUGCGGACCCUGCCGUGCUGCCAGACCCCAAGCUGCCCACUGGGGGCAGUGCAUCCUCCGCCACACCCGUGCCCAUGUGGACAGAUGAGCACGGUCUGGAUAACCCGGCCUUCGAAGAGAGCAACGAGGAGGACAGUGCGCACCUGAUCGACUGCUAUCCAGCUCGUGCUAAAAGACCCCUGAGCAGCUCCUGCAUCCACCUCCACUGGAAUAACAGCACCAACUCUGCCAGCUGGGACUUCAGAGAGGAAACCGGGGCUCUCGGCAUGGAGGAAGCCUCUCCUAAGCCCCCCAGCCUGCCGGAAGGGGAGAUCACGACUAUCGAGAUCCAGCGUUCCAACCCCUACAUGGAGCUGGGGAUCAGCAUCGUGGGCGGUAACGAGACGCCUCUCAUCAACAUGGUGAUCCAGGAGGUGUACCGAGACGGCAUCAUCGCCCGGGACGGGAGGCUGCUCGCAGGGGACCAGAUACUGCAGGUGAACAGCGUGGAUAUCAGCAACGUGCCUCACAACUUGGCGCGAGCGACCCUGUCCCAGCCCUGCUCCACUCUGCACCUCACCGUGCUGCGGGAGCGGCGCUUCGGCAGCCGCCUGCAUGGGCCCCCCCCCGCCCCCGACUCCCCGCGGGAUGACAGCCUCCGUGUCACGCUGCACAAGCGCGGCUCCAAUGAGCAGCUGGGCAUCAAGCUGGUGAGGCGCACCGACGAGCCGGGCGUCUUCAUCCUGGACCUGCUGGAGGGGGGGCUGGCCUCGCAGGACGGGCGGCUCUGCAGCAACGACAGGGUGCUGGCCAUCAACGGGCACAACCUGCGGCACGGCACUCCGGAGCUGGCAGCACAGAUCAUACAGGCUAGCGGGGAGAGGGUCCACCUGGUGGUCUGCCGAGCUGGGAAGCAGCCCCCUCCUCCCCCACCCCUACCCAGCACCAACGCAGUACGGGAGGCAGGCACUCACCAGCAGCACUCCACGUCGCCCGCCACGCUGCCCCACGCCCGGCCCAGCACCCACAGGGACCUGUCUCAGUGCAUAACCUGUCAAGAGAAGCAGAUCGACGUGACGAAAGAGCCCCACGAGUCCCUGGGGAUGACGGUGGCUGGCGGCCGGGGCAGUAAGAGUGGAGAGCUGCCUAUCUUCGUCACCAGCGUGCAGCCACAUGGCUGUCUCUCCAGAGAUGGCAGGAUUAAACGCGGGGACGUCCUGCUGAGCAUCAAUGGCAUAGACCUGACCAAGCUGAGCCACAGCGAGGCCGUGGCCACUCUGAAAGCCAGCGCCGCCUCUCCAGGGGUGCUGCUCCAGGCCCUGGAGGUGCAGAGUGUGGAGGAGCAGGGCCAAGCCACCCAGGAGCUGCUCAGCAUCAGCCAUGAGAACGAAUACGACGCCAGCUGGUCCCCUUCCUGGGUCAUGUGGCUGGGGCUGCCCAGCUCUGUUCACAGCUGCCAUGACAUCGUCCUGCGGAGGAGUCACUUGGGAAGCUGGGGCUUCAGCAUUGUGGGAGGCUACGAAGAGAACCACGCCAACCAGCCUUUCUUCAUCAAAACCAUUGUGCUGGGAACACCUGCCUACUAUGACGGCAGGCUAAAGUGUGGGGAUAUGAUUGUUGCUGUGAACGGACUCUCAACUGUUGGAAUGAGCCACUCCGCACUGGUCCCCAUGCUGAAGGAGCAGAGGAACAAAGUGGCGUUAACCGUGGUCUCGUGGCCUGGGAGCCUCAUAUAAACCAGCCCCGCCACGAGGAACCGCAGAGGAGCGUUCACAAUCACGACGUCAAACAUUCUCGACAUAAUGUGCUGGGUUUGUUUUUAUUUUGUUUCCCAGACACAAAAAAAAAUGUCUGCAAUUUUUCUACCAAAUAUUUUGUACGUUUAUCCCAAAACUACGAGAAUGCUAAUCCGGUUCACAGGUUUUGAAAAUGUCAUGUUCACACAGCCCGAUCAUUUCAUUGAAUCUACGAAGGCCUUAUAUCUAAUUAAAAAAAACAACCCAUAAGCUUCAGAGCCUAUUCAAGCCUUACAGCAUUUACUUUCACCCACAGAACUGCACUAGUUCCCAAUAGCGCUGAGAGUAUGACAGUCCUCAAUCCCUGUCCCAUUGUGUCUGUGUCAUGAUGAGAAUGAGUGCAGAAGCACUGCGGGUUUAUUACUGUGUGAGUUUCAUAUUCUCUGUGUCUUCGUGGCCACAGUGAGCCAGGUAACGGAGGUCUAGAUGUAGAAGUUAGUGUUCCUGAGUGUCUGGUUUCACAGUACCCUGAUUAGUGCUAAUCAGGGUCUGUGAAACCAGCCAUUAGUACAUUUUCAAACAAGGGUCUCAUUUUCAGAUUCUUCCUGCUGCUUUUCAGUUAAAUUUAAAUGAUUGCGGGUGGAGCCUGUGGUUCGAUCUUAAGCUUUAUCGAGUGCCUACAUGUGUCGUGUUUCUUAAGAUCCACUCCGUAUCAUAUCUUUUGUAAUAUUUCAUUGUCUUAAAGCAGUUGGAAGUGUAUAGGCAAUACCAGGGAAAGCGAUCAGUCUCCUUUAAAACUCGAGCAGAGCUGGUAUACUGGUUCGGGUCUUUGUUAAUAAAGUGUGCGUGGUGAAUGGAGAGCACGGGUGGCAUGGUACUGUACUCUGAAGAAGGGCUGCAGUACUAGCAAGUCUUUUUAAAAGAUAUUAUUCUGUUCUGUGGAAGUUUUCCAGAUAGCAAAACAAGCAACAUGUGAUGAGGAUAACUGAUGGGUUUCUUCAAAGGGAUUUUACACAGUUUAACAUAGUUUGUGUUAUUUGAUUCCUCUUAAAAAGCCGCUGUAAAAAUAAGUGUCAUAAAUAAAAAAGUUAGGUAAGUUGGCAAAGUCACGUUUGAAGACACAUGGGUAUUAUAAAUCCAAAUUAAUAAUAAUGUAAAUGAGGUAUUUAAAUUAGAGACCAGUGUGAGUGAUUCUUCAAGCACUUUUCUUGUAAGAUUCAGAACUGUUUUCCUUGCAUAUUAUUACAGGAGCCAGUCAUUCUAACACUGUCAGUAAGAAAUGAGAAGCAUCAUUCAAAACUGGUCAGCGGUCCUGAGUAGGUUUUUUUUAAGUCAAGCAGUAAAUGUUUGUUCUUGAUUGCAGUCCAGUAACUGCUCUGUACAUCUGAUACGUUUGUUUUUUAAUUUCAUACGACUUUUUCAUAAGGUUAGGGAUAAGCGGGCAGUGGGGGUGGAGUGUUGCUCAGUGUAAGGUUCUCUGUGAAAACUAAUAAAGAAAAACAAAAUCCCUGUUAUUUAAAAUUUGUAUGAAAUAAAUAAUUUAUUUAAAAAAGUG